AUGAUUCCCCCAGCCGACUCUCUGCUUAAGUACGACACCCCGGUGUUGGUGAGCCGCAACACGGAGAAACGGAGCCCCAAAGCUCGGCCCCUCAAGGCCAGUUCCCAGCAGCCGGGACCCUCCAGUCCAAUCCCACAGACAAUCAAGACCAAGCUCCCCACCACAUCCUGCGUUCCUGAUCCUACAAAGCAGGCAGAGGAAAUCCUGAAUGCCAUUCUGCCUCCCAGGGAGUGGGUAGAAGACACGCAGCUAUGGAUCCAGCAGGUGUCCAGCACCCCCAGCACCAGGAUGGAUGUGGUGCACCUCCAGGAGCAGCUGGACUUGAAGCUGCAGCAGCGGCAGGCCAGGGAAACGGGCAUCUGCCCAGUCCGCAGGGAGCUCUAUUCGCAGUGCUUUGACGAACUCAUCCGGGAGGUCACCAUCAACUGUGCCGAGAGGGGGCUCUUGCUGCUGCGAGUCCGGGACGAGAUACGCAUGACCAUCGCAGCCUACCAGACCCUAUACGAGAGCAGCGUGGCCUUUGGCAUGAGGAAGGCACUGCAGGCCGAACAGGGGAAGUCAGACAUGGAGAGGAGAAUUGCAGAAUUGGAGGUUGAAAAGAAAGAUCUGGAGAGACAAGUAAAUGAGCAAAAGGCCAAAUGUGAGGCCAUUGAGAAGAGAGAGAGUGAAAAGCGCCAGGUGGAGGAGAAGAAACACAAUGAGGAGAUUCAAUUCCUGAAGCGGACGAACCAGCAGCUGAAGGCCCAACUGGAAGGCAUUAUUGCACCGAAGAAGUGAUCAUUUCCAUAUGGGCCUCAGCAAGCACGACGACUCGGUCCUAAGCCCUUGGUAAUAAAAAGCUAGUUUCCUGAGUGAACAAGCCGUCCCCUUCCCUGAUCACCACCUACAUGUGCCAGCAGCCACCUGAGGUCUGGCAGGAGGCUCCCAGUUGGGCAACGGAAGGUGGCGUAGCCAAGUCUCCGUAUGUGGCUUACUCACCAACCCUGGUCUUUGCCAACUCAAACAGCAAGACUCUGAAAAGUAACUGCUCCCCUCUGUCAGGACUAACUUCUGGCCAAAUGAAGCCAUCUCUCUGUCCCUCGAAGUCUGGAUUUACGAAGCACCUGCAGCCCUACCGUGGGCACGCCUGGUCUCAGGCCUUCUUUCACUGCGUCGGAACAUUGCCAGUAACUCAUGUUGGAGCUUUGCUUUCAUCCUGGAGCAUCUUCUCCCCAUCUCCCCAGUCCGACGGCCCCUUCCUCCUCAGUUUCAGACUGCCCAGGUGA